AUGGACGUGGGGGCGGGGUUCCCCGGGCUUCCUCUCGACGAAUACCUUUGGCAGACAGACCUGAGCUUCCUCUUCCCGCCGCAUCCACUGGCCUCACGAUUAACGAAGUACACCGAGUUGCACAGUGAACUAGUUUCGGAUCAUCGACUUGCGGCAGCAUCAUUGUUCUCUCUUCAACCUCCAGCACUGGGUGGUCUCGGUCAGUUACCCCAAACGGAACAGCAAUCAGAAACAGCCAAUCGACUUCGCUGGAUUGACAGAGAUAGUUUGGUUCGUUUGGUCCCAGAGAUCAAUCAUCCUACGGCAGCAACAUCCGCACCCAAAUCGAUUUCAAUCGAACUGAUUAACUUCAUUGUGGCCGGUUUACUCGUCAGCAUUAGUUUACCCUCAGUGUUCUGGCAUUUAUCUUCUCUUUACGCAUGUGUGACCUCGUUUCUGAUUGGGAUCACUUUGCUCCACUUGACGGUGGACUAUGCAUCAACCAGUCUGUUGAUUCAGUACGCUACCUGCUUAACCUAUCCAGACCGGUUAGAUCCCAACUUUCACCCUGCGCAAACCCCACCUAUUNUAGAAACCACCACAAUGACUAUGAAGAAUUCAGCAGAUAAUCUUAUUGCCAGUUUCAAUAACGAAAAUGCUGCUUAUGUACGGUGCAACGGGGAUAUGACCAUAGCAGGUGAAAACGGAACUGUGCCGGUAUUUUUGGACGGGGAGACAGUUCUUUAUAGCACUGUUCAAAAGAACCCAAAUACCAAUCAUGUCAGCUUACACAGAUCAGAUCAGAGUACCAGUCCACUGACAUUGACCGCAUUCGAUCGUCAUUGGCGUCCUACUCCAAUAAAUGUUACAUCCCUGGUCCAGGAAGGUAAUGAAUCCGUCGGUGUAAAUCCGAGAUCCGAUGACGGUGUGAUUUCCUUAUCUCCUUCAAAAACUGCUUCUGACUGUGCUCAGUUUGGAGUCAUGUCUGACGCAAGUGGAACGAUGAAACGCAGUGUGAACUCGCAUAAAUUAGAUAUGGCUUCCUCACUUCCAGUGUCCAAUGGAGUGCAUCUUGUUGAUGCCCACGACAGCACGAAUUACUCAACCAAUGCAGUGCUGGUCUCAACCUUAGCGGAGCAGAAGCUGUUUAGUAACUCAACAGUUCAUCCGGCGGGUUCUGUUGCCAUUCGAGUUGGACAAAGUCGUGGUUCGGAUGCCGGUACUUAUUCGUUGGGGACCGUUCAUCAUUAUCCGCUCACAAUGAGCCCUGCUACAAAACAGAAUAACCAUCGUUCUGAUCCAGCUCCAAAUGAUCGUGGUGAGGGAAAUACUCAAACAUCACCUAACCAUACAGCAGCUCAAAGAAUACCAUUUCACCAUGUCACUAAAAAGCCGGCUUAUGUAAUUAUGUCUAAUGCACAAACAGAGACACGAACCGAUUCUUCCGAUUCGGGUGAUUCAGCAUGCAAACUGAGUGAGAAUCAAGAUUGUAUGGCCUCGGUCCGUAGUUAUCGGUACAAUUUGGCUUCGUUAGAAUCGCAUAUCAUGGUAGGUGCGGUCAGUAAUGGUGAAGGCGACCGUUCAAGUAGUCCAGUUUCCCUGCCUCCACCGAUGUCUACUUUGUCAAGCUAUCUGUAUGAACCAUCUAGUCGACAGGGGUAUUCGGAUUUCAGUGACCAAUCAAACCAUAUAUGGAAUGGAGCUGCAGGUUUGGUUGUUCUAUCUUCACAGGCUGAAGAUAGGAGCAAUCAAAAUGAGCUGUUCGAAGGAAAGCUCAGCAGCCAGGUUUGA